AAAUUUCAACCACGAUCUUUUUGUGGGCCCCGGAAGAACUGUCUGUUUACAGUUGCUACCACCAGCUCCAGCAGCAGGCAGAUAAAUCGUUAGCUAGUUAUCUUGAUAGCUAGGUAACAAAUAUUGAAAACAAAUACAGGGAGUAUGAGUAGCUCAGAGGAGGUGUCCUGGAUCUCCUGGUUUUGUGGACUGCGGGGGAAUGAAUUCUUCUGUGAGGUUGAUGAAGACUACAUUCAGGACAAGUUCAAUCUGACGGGACUGAAUGAGCAGGUCCCCCACUAUCGCCAGGCUCUCGACAUGAUUCUGGACUUGGAGCCAGACGAGGAGCUGGAGGACAACCCCAACCAGAGCGACUUGAUCGAGCAGGCCGCGGAGAUGCUCUACGGCCUCAUCCAUGCUCGCUACAUCCUCACCAACAGAGGCAUCGCCCAGAUGUUGGAGAAAUACCAACAGGGGGAUUUUGGCUAUUGCCCCAGAGUGUAUUGUGAAAACCAACCCAUGCUUCCGAUUGGCCUGUCAGAUAUCCCAGGGGAGGCCAUGGUGAAGCUGUACUGUCCCAAGUGCAUGGAUGUUUACACCCCAAAGUCCUCCAGGCACCACCACACAGACGGGGCCUACUUUGGCACCGGCUUCCCCCACAUGCUGUUCAUGGUGCACCCAGAGUACCGGCCGAAACGACCUGCCAACCAGUUUGUGCCCAGGUUAUAUGGUUUCAAAAUCCAUCCUAUGGCUUAUCAACUCCAGCUCCAGGCUGCCUCGAGCUUCAAAAGUCCCGUGAAGACAAUUCGCUAGACCUUGAGCAUGACCAACGAUGAAGACACUAAGGAGACUUAUUUUCUAUGUUGAUUGUUACUCGGUUGAAUGAUUAUGUAGAUCAAUAAAGGCUUGUAUAUGUAACCCAUGACCUAUAGGUACUGAUACGCACACACACACGUCAUUCAUCUUCCUGUUUCCCAUGGUGCUGUGUGAUGGCUGGGUCUCCUUGUAAUCAUCACUCUUCUAGAACAAUCUCUACCCCCCUGGAAUGAUCUGGUUUGAUGUCAUAUCCUUUAUCCUAAGUGGGGUUUACAUAGUUGCAAGAAUAAAGAGGUUUAGUGAGUUGAAUCUGUGCAAAUCAGUAAUCAUUUACCGACUCCAGGUUUGAAAGGAUUGCUGAAAACAACCGGCAAUCAAUCAGUCAUUAUUUGUUCAUUUUGAGCUGCACUUUAGACACCAAGUUAAAUGUAAAGGUAAUUUUCAGAUGCUUGCAGAUUGCGGUAAUGCUGAAAGGUGCACAAGACAUUUUCUCAAGGUGAAGACAAUGUAUUUGAUUUGUGUUUGUGUUUGGUAAGCUGUCUCUGAGGAGGGGGAAACAUCCAGGACUGGUCUAGUCUCCUUCGUUCUCAACUCAAGGGGUUUAAACAAUUACAUGUUUUGUUUAGAUUGAUCUGUUCAAAUAUUUUAUUUAACUUAAUACAUACCUACGGAUGCCAUUUUACACGACACGCCCUAUUUCUCUGUCUGCAGCUUGUUAAAACUACAUUUGAAAAGAUUUCUUUUCCAUCAAUAAAUUCAAUGGUAUUUGAUGCUGUCUUAGGUAUUCAUGCUCUUGUCUUAAAGUGAGACAGCAAACUAAACUUCAAUAAACUGUUUUGUUUCUUA